AUGUUCCCAGGAUCCUGGUUGUGCUGGGCCUCACUUCUGCUCCUGGCCAGGCCCACCCAGUCUUGCCCUAUGGGUUGCGACUGCUUUGACAGGGAGGUAUUCUGCACAGAUCAGCAGCUGGCCACCAUCCCACUGGACAUUCCCUCACAUGUCACAGACAUUGUCUUUGUGGAGACUACCUUCACCACAGUGGAGACCAGGGCUUUCAGUAAUAACAGUAACCUGACAAAGGUGGUCUUCCUCAACACUCUUGUCUGUCACCUGGAGCCUGAUGCCUUUGGGGGACUGCCCAGGCUGGAGGACCUGGAGCUGACAGGCAGCUCCUUCUCCAACCUCAGUGCCGACAUCUUUUCUAACCUGAGCUCACUGGGGAAGCUCACUUUGGACUUUGACAGGCUAGUGGCUCUGCCUGAGGACCUCUUUCACCACAUGGACAACCUGGAGUCCCUCCAGCUUCAGGGGAACCAGCUCCAGACUCUGCCUGGGAGACUCUUCCAGCCUCUGAGGUACCUGAGAACCCUCAACCUGGACCAGAACUUUCUGAACAAGCUCCCUAAAGGGCUGUUCCAGUCACUUACCAACCUGCAGAUACUAAAGCUGAGUAACAACAUGCUUACCAGCCUCCCAGAGGGCUUGCUGGCCGAUCUGGGCAGCCUGCAGGAGCUAUUUCUGGACAGCAAUGCCAUCGAGGAGCUGUCCCCACAAGUGUUCUCACAGCUUCUCAGCCUGGAGAAGCUGUGGCUGCAGCACAACGCCAUCAGCCGCCUGCCCGACUCUGUCUUCUCCUCCUUGUACAACCUGACCUUUCUAAACCUGCAGGACAAUGCUCUGUGGACUCUGCCUGCUGAUCUCUUCACCCACACCUCACGGCUGCUUUACCUGUCCCUGUCCUACAACCAGCUGGAGACCAUCACCGAGGGCACUUUUGCCAACCUGUCCCGCCUGGUCUUCCUCACACUCUCGCACAAUGCCAUCACCUACCUUCCUAAGGAUGUCUUCAGGGACCUCAAGCAGUUGGUCAGGCUCUUUCUGAACAGCAACAACUUGACAGCCUUACACUCAGCCCUCUUUCAGAACCUGUCCAGGCUUGAGCUGCUCAACUUGUCUAAGAACCAGCUGACCAUGCUCCCCGGGGGCAUCUUUGACACCAACUACAACCUCUUCAACCUGGCCUUGUUCGGCAACCCCUGGCAGUGUGACUGCCACCUGGCCUACCUCGCCAGCUGGCUUCGCCUCUACAGUGAAGGAAUCUUCAACAGGGAUACCUACUGUGCGGGCCCAGCCUACCUCAAGGGCCAAUUGGUGCCCAGCCUGAAGCAGGAGCAGCUAGUGUGCCCUGUCACCCCGGGCCAUUUGGGUUUCCUAGCCCCGGGGCUGGAUGACAGAGAGCCAGGAGGCAGUUGGGAUCUGGCAGUGGAAGGAAGGGCGGCCCACAGCCAGUGCACCUACAGCAACCCCGAGGGCACUGUGGUGCUGGCCUGCGAGGAGGCCCAGUGUCGUUGGCUGAGCAUCCGGCUGUCUUCCAGGCAAGGCUCCGACUCUCCAGCAAUGGCCUACAAUUCCAGUCAGGAGUGGGAGUUGAGGUCAAACUGUGGCUCCAUGAGGGUCGUUGUGUCCAUUGAGGCUCAGGCUGCUGGGCCCUAG